AUGAUCCGCCGCCGCUGCUCCCGCCUAACACUCCUCUCACUCCUAACCUGCACGUUCCUGUUUUUCAACCUGCCCACCCUCCGCCCCCUUCCUCCGCCGCCCUCCCCUUCCCCCUCAUUAGAUACUGGUCGCAUCUUCAUCGCUUCCAACCACUGGAACUCGGAAUCCAUUCUCCGUUCGCACUGGUCCGACGCCGUCACGCGGCUCAUCACCCGCCUCGGCGUUGAGAACGUGUACUUUUCGCUGUAUGAGUCUGGUAGUUGGGAUAACACCAAGGGUGCGCUACGCGAGCUCGAUGAGCGAUUGGAGAAGUUGGGCGUUGAGCGGAGGGUGAUCCUCGAGGAGACGACCCAUGCGGAUGAGAUCUCGCGGACCCCGAGGGUCGGAGAGGAGGGUUGGAUUGUCACACCGAGGGGGAGGAAGGAGUUGAGGAGGAUCCCGUACCUGGCUCGGGCUAGGAAUAGGGUUCUUGAGCCAUUGUUGGAGCUGCAGGCUGGAGGAGGGAGGAAUGGGAGCUUUGAUAGGUUGUUGUUUUUGAAUGAUGUUAUUUUCACUGUCGAAGACGCGUUAAAUCUACUAAUCACCCGUAACGGCGAGUACUCCGCAGCUUGCUCACUAGACUUCCUAGACAGUACUAAAUUCUACGACACUUUUGCACUCCGCGACAUUAACGGGCGUCCCGCCGCAAGCUUGUCCUACCCGUUUUUUGCAUCCGGCCCCUCCCGAGAUGCUCUUCUCGCAAACCUCCCCGUCCCUGUCCGCAGUUGCUGGAACGGCAUGGUAGCCUUCGACGCAGCACCCUUUCUGCCGCCUUCUAACCUCCGCUUUCGCGGUGUGCCCGACUCAUUGGCGAAAUGGCACGUUGAAGGGAGCGAGUGCUGUCUUGUACAUUACGAUAACCCCGUAUCUGACAAAGGCGUCUGGCUGAAUCCGAAUGUUAGAGUGGCGUAUAAAGCGAAGGGAUGGGAAUUGGUUCGGCGGGGGGUUGGGUGGCCCGGGAGGUGGGAGAGGGUGCGGGGUGGGGUUGUUGGGGUCGUGACGGCUGUGUUGAGGUUACCCAGGGGGAAUGGGAAAGUGGCGGGGAGGAUUCGGGAAUGGGGAGGGAGCGAGCCCGGGGUUGAUUGCCUGAUUGACGAGAUGCAGGUUUUGGUGGAUAACGGGUGGAAGCAUUUGUAG